AAGCAUCUUUACAAAGUGUUGUCCAAACCUGGCCCCUUUACCGAAGACUUUAUUCCUGGCUCUGGCCCAGAAGCUAUUGGACAUCUGGAGACUUCAAAGGUUUUGGUGAUCGGAGCUGGUGGACUAGGAUGUGAAAUAUUGAAGAAUCUUGCGCUGUCAGGAUUCAAAGACAUCCAUGUCAUCGAUAUGGACACCAUCGAUAUCUCGAAUCUUAACCGUCAAUUUCUGUUCCGUCAAGCUGAUAUUGGCAAACCGAAAGCUGAGAUUGCCGCCGCUUUUGUGGAAAGGCGUGUCAAGGGAGUGAAGAUCACUCCUUACGUUGGCAAGAUCCAAGAUAAGGAUGAAGAUUACUACAUGCAGUUCAAGAUUAUCGUCUGUGGACUGGACAGCAUUGAGGCUCGUCGCUGGAUCAACUCUACAUUAGUCGAUAUGGUCGAUAUGGAUCAUCCAGAGAGCCUGAAGCCUCUGGUCGACGGUGGAACAGAAGGAUUCAAGGGCCAGGCUCGUGUAAUCCUCCCUACAUUAACAUCGUGCAUUGAGUGCCAGCUAGACAUGCAUGCUCCUCGUAAAGCAGUGCCUCUAUGCACCAUUGCCACUAUUCCACGUCAACCCCAGCACUGUAUUGAAUGGGCCCAUCAGAUCGCAUGGCAAGAAAAGCGGCCGAAUGAUACUUUUGAUGGUGACGACAUGGAGCACAUCUCGUGGGUGUACCAUGUUGCUCUUGAGCGGGCGCAAAACUUCCACAUUGAUGGAGUCACCUUCCAGAUGACCCAGGGCGUGGUGAAGAACAUUAUUCCAGCCAUUGCAUCGACUAAUGCGAUGAUUGCCGCGUCUACAACAUCCGAGGUUCUUAAAAUUGCUACUGCAUGCAAUCCAUACCUGGAUAACUAUAUGAUGUAUGCUGGCGAGGAGGGGGUUUACACCUACACAUUCCAGGCGGAGAAGAGCCCUGAUUGCCCCGUGUGUGGAAAUCUUGCCAAGAAGAUGGUCAUCGAUCCCAAGAUGACACUGGGUGACUUCAUAGAAACUCUGGGUGAGAGCGCGGUAGCACAACUGAAGAAGCCCAGCUUGCGAACAGGCGAGAAAACCCUUUACCAGCGUUUCCCACCUCAAUUGGAAAAGCACACCCGACCAAAUCUACAGCUCACACUGGGCGAGCUUGUCGAGGAAGGCGAAGAGGUUGCGGUCAGUGAUCCGGCCUUUACUAUAGAUUUCCGUUAUAUCUUGAGUUUCAGGUAA